GGUAGGGAGGCUGGGAGAGAGAAAGAGCAGGAUUUCAGAAGGCAUCUAAGAGUCUGUUGAAGUGAUCCAGGAAGAGAGGCAGCCUGGGCCAUAGGAGAAGGGGUGGACGGUGAGAGGUCUGAGGAGGCAGAAUCUUGGUGGAAUUAAAGAUGACUCUAAUACAGGACAGGGAAGCAUGGGGGCACACUCUGUGAACCCUGGUGCCCUUUCCUGGAAGCAGGCAUGGGAGGCAGAGGAGGAGCAGGGUUUGGGGGAAUUGGUGAUUCAGUUUUGGAUAUUUUGGCCUUAAGGUGGCCUUAAAAUAGUGAAGGGGAGAUGUCCAGUCGGCAGUGGGAUCUCCAUUCAGGACUGAGGUCUGUGUGGAGACGUGGAUGUGGAAGUUAUCCACAUAGACCUGGUGCAUGAGAUCGCACCAUCAUCAGCACAGAUGGGAAGAGAAAAACAGGAUUUUCACUGAAAGAGUGAAAAGCUCUUACAGGUGAACAAGGUGAUGUCCAUCUUGUUUUAUGUGAUAUUUCUCGCUUAUCUCCGUGGCAUCCAAGGGAACAACAUGGAUCAGAGGAGUUUGCCAGAAGACUCACUCAAUUCCCUGAUUAUUAAGCUGAUCCAGGCAGAUAUUUUGAAAAACAAGCUCUCCAAGCAGAUGGUGGACGUUAAGGAAAACUACCAGAGCACCCUGCCCAAAGCAGACGCCCCCCGGGAGCCGGCGCGGGGAGAGCCCGCCAGGGCGGAAUUCCAGCCAAUGAUUGCCAUGGACACCGAGCUGCUGCGGCAACAGAGACGCUACAACUCACCCCGGGUCCUGCUGAGUGACAGCACGCCCUUGGAGCCCCCGCCCUUGUAUCUCAUGGAGGAUUACGUGGGCAACCCCGUGGCGGCCAACAGAACAUCGCGGCGGAAGAGGUACGCGGAGCACAAGAGCCACCGAGGGGAGUACUCCGUGUGUGACAGCGAGAGUCUGUGGGUGACCGACAAGUCAUCGGCCAUCGACAUUCGGGGACACCAGGUCACGGUGCUGGGGGAGAUUAAAACCGGCAACUCUCCUGUCAAACAAUAUUUUUAUGAGACGAGAUGUAAAGAAGCCAGGCCUGUCAAGAACGGUUGCAGGGGGAUCGACGACAAACACUGGAACUCUCAGUGCAAAACGUCCCAAACGUACGUCCGAGCACUGACGUCAGAAAACAAUAAACUCGUAGGCUGGCGAUGGAUACGGAUAGACACUUCCUGUGUGUGUGCCUUGUCGAGAAAAAUCGGAAGAACAUGAAUUGGCAUCUCUCCCCAUAUAUAAAUUAUUACUUUAAAUUAUAUGAUAUGCAUGUAGCAUAUAAAUGUUUAUAUUGUUUUUAUAUAUUAUAAGUUGACCUUUAUUUAUUAAACUUCAGCAACCCUACAGUAUAUAAGCUUUUUUCUCAAUAAAAUCAGUGUGCUUGCCUUCCCUCAGGCCUCUCCCAUCUGUUAAACCUUCUUCUGUGACCCGGCUCUCAGGAGCCGUCUGUAAAAUCUGUGUACACCAGUAUUUUGCAUUCAGUAUUGUCAAGGC